ACGUUAUCCACUCCGUCCAUCCAGUCUAAACACUGUUGACUCACUCUGCCGGAGGGGAAGGAGGGAGCACCCCGCCGCCGCCGCCCCACGAAGAAGACGAGUAGAAUAUGGCGGCGACCACUGCCACUGCCUCCUUCUCCGUCACGUCUGCCGCUCUCCGCCUCAGGCACCGGCAGCUAUGCGCUCGCGUAAGUGGGCCCGCGCAACCGUAUCCCCUCCUCAAGCUGAACCGCCGCAGCCACGCGGUUUCUGCUUCGGCGCCGGCUGCUGCUUCUUCCUUGUCUCCUCUGUGGGAGGGCCUAGGUAUCCGAGCGGAGUCCGAUGGGCCGGGGGGAGGAGCCAGCGGCGACGUCAUGGGGCUUCUUCUCCGGGAGCGCAUCAUCUUCCUCGGCAACGAGAUCGAGGACUUCCUCGCCGACGCCGUUGUGAGCCAGCUCCUCCUCCUCGACGCCAUGGACUCCGAAUCUGACAUCCGCCUCUUCGUAAACUCCCCCGGUGGAUCACUUAGUGCGACAAUGGCCAUCUAUGAUGUAAUGCAGCUCAUCAGGGCAGAUGUAUCCACUAUUGGAAUGGGCAUAGCUGGAUCCACAGCUUCUAUAAUCCUUGGUGGUGGCACAAAGGGCAAACGAUUUGCCAUGCCCAACACCAGGAUUAUGAUGCAUCAGCCCGUGGGAGGUGCGAGUGGGCAGGCCUUGGAUGUAGAGGUCCAAGCCAAGGAGAUUCUGACUAGCAAGAGGAAUGUCAUUCGCCUGAUAUCAGGAUUCACGGGGCGCACUCUGGAACAGGUAGAGAAAGACAUCGAUAGAGACCGAUACAUGGGUCCUCAUGAGGCUGUUGAUUAUGGGCUCAUUGAUGGUGUGAUCGACGGAGACAGGAUCAUCCCACUCGAGCCUGUGCCGGAGAGGGUGAAGCCUAAAUACAACUACGAGGAAUUGUACAAGGACCCUCAGAAGUUCCUCACACCGGAUGUCCCCGAUGAUGAGAUAUACUAGCUAGCACGUCGUCCUUCCCUUGUAUUUUGAACAGCAAGCAGUUGCUGGAGCUUCUGUUGAAACAAAGAUGAUGUAAUCCUUAGCAGUAGACUUUAUUUGCCGUUGUGUUUGUUGUGAUGA